GGCAGAUCCAUUUGCAAACGCCCCCAUCGUGUAUCUCCAAUACGUCGGAUCGGACGGUGACAAAGUAAGAUGAAACUCGUCCUCAGUUACGGGAUCAUCUUGUUGCUUCUCACUGGCUGUCACACGAAUGACGAAACCUUCGGCUCUGCAGCUCCUGUCUCGAAUCCGCAGGGCAAACAGUUUUCCAGAAGAGCUUAGAGAAGGGAAUCUGGAGCGAGAGUGUGUGGAAGAAACAUGCUCAAAGGAAGAAGCCCGAGAGGCUUUUGAAGAUGAUGCCAAAACGGAAGUGUUCCUCAAGCAUUACAUCACAGGCUGUUCUCCUAUCCUGAGAGAUGCAAUGAAAUUUCAUAAAAAGCUAAUGGAAAUUAAUAAACUUCGAAACAAGCUUAGAGAACAGAAGGAGGAGGUCUACGACAUAGAAAAUAAACUCGUGGAAAAGUUAGGAGAUUGUCUUGAUACUAAAUAACACCAUUCUAUCUUUAGAGGCUGUGAAGGACUCAGAGAGUCACAGAGUUAUUUAGCGCAGAAACAGCCUUUUGGCCCAUCAUGUCCAUGUCAAGCUUUUUGCUCUUCUAUUCUAAUUCAUAUGAGCAGCUGGUGCUUAUCACAAAUCCCAGUUAUGUGACCACUGAUGCCAGGCAGGCAAUCUCUGAAGGGUAUUGAUGAUGAUUGGGGGGGGGGGGUCACCCACCUUGUAAAGACACUGCCUAGAAGAAGGCAACGGUAAGCCAUUUCUGAAAAAAGAAUUGCCUAGAACAAUCACAGUCAUGGAAAAACCAUGAUCACCCACAUUAUAUGACAUGGCACAUAAUGAUGAUUAUGCUACCUCCAUUAGGUUUGUAUCUUAGGGACACUUAAACUCUUAGAUAAGUACAGGGAUAAUAUAAAAAUGGAGGGGUAUGUUGGAGAUAAAUCUAAGAAUAGGUUGAAAAGUUGACACAACAUUGUGGGCCAAAGGGGCUCUAUUGUGCUGUACUGUUCUGUGUUCUCUGUCCUGCCUGU